AUGGAUGCUUAUUUUCAAGUGUUGACGCUGCCGACCUCCCGCACGCUGUUUCUGCUGUACUCCAGCCCACGGUCGUGGAAUGACGCCAAUACGGUGUGUAAGAUCAACGGACAGUCUCUACUGAUGGAGACAGACUACGUCACGUGGAUGAUUAUCGCUCAGUUCAAGACCGACCCAGAAUGGAAGGCAAUUCUUGCCUAUCAAGAUAAUUGGAUCGGCUUACACCGGCAUUACAACGACAUCUCGGCCCCAUUUGUAUGGCACGACUGUUCUGACACAGCCUCGUUUUCAAACUGGAACACACCAAUACCGGAAGUGGACGGUCUGUGUGUGUCGUCGUCAUGGAGAUCAGGCAAAUGGCGAUCAACAGCCUGUGACCAUAAACUACCGUUUAUUUGCGGAGGCAGCGCCGGUGCUUGUUUAUUUGACAUCUGGCGGGGAGUGAAGUACCCGGAUUCAAUGAUGGCCACCCGACAGGUGAACCGCGCAACCGCAUCCCAGUGCCAGGCCCAGUGCAGAAAGAUGGAGAUCGGCAGUCUGGAGUGUUGGGCACUCACAUACUAUUACACAAACAACUCAUGCUUAUUACAUUUUCAACUCGAACCUCUGUUGGACGUGGGUGUAUUGACCCUUGAGAAGGACAAUGAAGCGGAACUGCACGUCAAGAAUUGCUUUAAAGCAUUUGUCAACCAACAUCCAACUCCGUCAACCUACAUCUCGCCGAUACCCGAUCAAGGUUGUUGGAUGGAAAACUUUACUGAAACAAAUCAUAACCAACCUGUUAUCAUCCUCGACACACAGGGGACAUCACUGGAGUCAGACAUUGUCUCUGCCAUUUACACAUCCUCUUCAAAAGCCAUAUAUUCAUCUGAUGAGUUAACGCCCAAAAUGAUAACAUCCCAAAAUAUGCUUUAUGAAAAUACCAAAACGCGGCCAACACCCAUGGUCAGGUCAACGCGGCCCCCAUCUCUACUGGAUUCACCUGAGAGUGGUCGCAGCGUCCAUUUGUCAUCAGGCUUAAACGCCAACGGAGACCAGACACAGUCUAUUAAUUCAUUGUCGCCAAUGGCAUUACAGGCAAGUUUUUCCCCACAUUCUACCAUAAACAUCGCCGCCGAUCCUGUUGCCUUUUCAUCAGACUUUCCUUCCCAUUCAGCUGUUCGAGUCCCCUAUGGUUUCAUCAACAUGGUCACUGAAUCCAUUGAAUCAACACCAAACGGAAUUAAUUCGUUCAUGAGAUAUGACUUCCCGAGAGACCUGUUACAUUUGACGACCACCCUUCAAACUCCAAAUGUGGCGUUCACAGAGGAAUUUCUUUCAACGUUAAUGGAGUCACUCAGUGUAUCACCAACGCUGAGUGACAAAACUGGUGUUUUCCAUUUGACAAAUUACGAUAGUGGAACCGAAACAAGCUCGUCGUCUGGGGUUCAAAUUGUACCCUUUUCAAUCACACUUCAACCCGAUCUUUCCUCAAUAGAAAAAAUGUUGCCCAACUCUAUAAAUGCCCAGCUAUUUCAUUCAAUCUCUUCUACAAUUACCACGGGGGACAAUCAGCGGGCAAUUGUGGCUAAAGACCCAUCAGGUGUCGACAUUCGGACCGAUUCAGCUCCAAGGGAACAUGACGACCUUCAGACUACAACCACCCCCAGAAGUACUUCCGGCGCAAACGGAAGUUCACUCUGUUGGUGCCCUUGUGCAUCUUUCUUGCCGGAAGACCUGACGUCUGAAGAAAUGGAAAUAAUUGUACAAGAAAUAGUCCGCGAGAUAAAAGUCGACAAAAAGAAUUUAUCUUCGACACAAAGGAAAUACAUUAGUGUAUCUGAUGAGCGCCGGUCAGCCCAGAGCAUAGGGACAAUUGGGGUAGUAUUGCUGUGUGCUAUAUUUGGAGGAAUAGCCGCGUGGGACUUUAUUACUAUCUGUAGAAAUGCAUGGCGGAUGUGUACAGAGGGUAGUAGGCCGCCCAUUGAAAUGUUACGGAAACAACGGACAGAGCGGAUCUUUCAGGAAGCUUUUAGUGUAAGUGGUGAGUCGAAAUUGCCAAACAGAAAGAAAAUUUUUGAUACAAACUAAACCAGAUAGUACAAUAAAGUUUUGAUAUCAAGCAUCAAGUAUACCCAAACUUGGCCAUAGUUACCAAAUGUAAAUAUGAUAACGGUGAUAAAAUGGACAGUGUUCUUUCGGCACGCUGAUUGACAUUUAGGCAUAUAUUGAAAUACGUGUUUGCACCCACAGUCUGUGUGAGGAACGUUUGUCCUAUUGAACGCUGAGGCCAAGCAGCCUCAUUUGUCGCCGCGCGCCUCUGAUCAAGGUGUGUGUGCACUCUGGUUUCGUCAUGCUCCGUACAGUGGUCGCAGUAAUUACAUCACGCACUCAGUUUCCACAGACUGCUCGCCUGUUUAUUGUGCACUGAGAACAGAAGGAAUCUUUUCGCGAAGCUAUUCGUCCUGGUAAUUUAGAAUGUAACGACUUUAUUAAGGUCUCUGGGAUCCGAUUUCGUCUGUUUAACCAUCCCGAAGGAGGAUACCUUUUUUCAUGUUUCCAAAUGGCGGUAUUUAAACCCGUAUGAAUAAAGUAUUGUCGUCUCUG